AUGGAGGAAGCUUGUGGUCUGCAGCGCUGUCACAGUGGAGCAGUGCCAGGCAGGUUCGGACACGCCGAGCCUGGCAUCUUUAUUCUGAAUCUGUGCAUCCAGCCUCAAAAUCUGCGGGGACUCAAACUUCAGAAGAUGCGUUGGGCAGCAGGUGUGAUCUGCCCUGCGGUGGAUUGUCCAACAUCCAAGAUGUCCCAGUCGUCCACCGCUGAUGAGGGUACAACCUUUGAAAACUUGUGGAGUACCCUCGAGCCAGACAGCACAUAUUUUGAGCUUCCUCAGGCGGGACACUCAGGGGACAGGGUGGCUUCCAGCAGCCGCGCUGAAGUCUGCAUGGACCUCUACCACAUGAGAGACAUGAGAGACAUGAACGACAAUGUCAUGUCUCAGUACAGCCUACUGAGCAGCAGUAUGGAACAAGGUUUGGGGAACAGAGCAGCGUCUACCAGUCCCUACAGCUCAGAGACCACCUCCAACGUGCCAACGCCGUCACCCUACUCCCAGCCAAACUCGACCUUCGAGGCCAUGUCUCCAGCCCCGGCCAUCCCCUCCAACACUGACUACCCCGGGCCGCACAACUUCGAGGUCACCUUCCAGCAGUCGAGCACCGCCAAGUCAGCCACCUGGACGAAAAAAGAAAGAAAUGCAGGUUUGAAAACAGCAUGA